AUGUCUUUGCUCACAUACAACGUUCAUGUCGAUUAUGAGGCGCAAUUGGAGGGAUUUAAGGACUUCCUGAAGCAUUUCAAGAGCUUUGAGUCGGCGUCCGAGUCUGCCGCGACCGAAGCCAUUGAAGACCUCAACCUCGAAGAGGAUGGCACCAGCGACGAAUAUGAUUUCAUGGAUGAUGUGGAGGAUGGCGCACAGCGGCCUGGCCGCAGACGACGAGAGCCGAAGCUCAAGUAUAUGCAGCUGUUGCAGGAUGUCGCUGACCGAGAGCGCACGAAUAUUUUGGUCGAAUUGGAUGACCUGGCUACUUACGAGAAGUCUCUUUCCGAUGAUACAGACUUGCGCCUUGUCGAAAGUGUGCAAAAGAACACUCACCACUACAUUGAGCUUUUCUCGCGGGCGAUCGACGAUCUCAUGCCCAAGGAGAGCAAGGACAUCACGUUCAAGGACGAUGUGCUUGACGUGAUCAUGUCGCAACGUGAAAAGCGAAACGAAGCCAUGCUGAUGGCGGCAGAAGCCAACGCAGAUGCAGAGGCUGCCGACUCGAUCUUUCCUCCUGAACUGACUCGUCGCUACACGGUCAAUUUCAAACCCCUCACACCCUCCGGAUCGAGCACCGACCGUCAGUCCAAGGCUAUCGCAGUGCGGAAUGUGCGGGCAGAACAUAUCGGUAGCUUGAUCACAGUCCGCGGUAUCACGACUCGUGUCUCGGACGUCAAGCCUGCCGUUGAGAUCAAUGCUUAUACGUGUGAUCGCUGUGGAAGUGAAGUGUUCCAACCAGUCACCACCAAGCAAUUCCUUCCGAUGACAGAGUGUAAAUCGACGGAAUGUCAAACAAAUCAGUCAAAGGGGCAGCUGUUCCUUUCCACACGUGCCUCGAAGUUCGUUCCGUUUCAAGAAGUCAAGAUCCAGGAGAUGGCGGACCAGGUGCCCGUGGGCCACAUCCCGCGCACCAUGACCGUCCAUUGCCAUGGAAGCCUCACUCGCCAGCUGAACCCUGGAGAUGUUGUUGAUAUUGCGGGUAUCUUUCUCCCUAUACCCUACACUGGAUUCAGGGCUAUCCGUGCCGGUCUCUUGACCGAUACCUACUUGGAAGCCCAACACAUUACCCAGCACAAGAAGUCCUACCAAGAUACUGCCAUGGAUAGUCGCACUCUCCGCAAGAUCGAACAGCACCAGAAGUCUGGCAACAUGUACGAAUAUCUGUCGCGAUCAAUUGCACCGGAGAUUUACGGUCAUCUUGACGUCAAGAAAGCAUUGCUUUUGCUCCUCAUUGGUGGUGUGACGAAGGAGAUGGGCGACGGUAUGCACAUUCGUGGUGACAUCAACAUUUGCCUGAUGGGUGACCCUGGUGUUGCCAAGUCUCAGCUGCUCAAAUACAUUUCCAAGGUCGCCCCUAGAGGUGUCUAUACUACGGGUCGUGGUAGCAGUGGCGUUGGUCUUACGGCUGCGGUCAUGAGAGAUCCUGUAACCGACGAGAUGGUCUUGGAAGGCGGAGCCCUUGUCCUGGCCGACAAUGGUAUUUGCUGCAUUGAUGAAUUCGAUAAGAUGGACGACUCCGAUCGGACCGCUAUCCACGAAGUGAUGGAGCAGCAGACCAUUUCCAUCUCCAAGGCAGGAAUUACAACCACCCUCAAUGCUCGGACCUCUAUCUUGGCCGCAGCUAACCCGCUUUACGGCCGAUACAACCCGCGGGUGUCUCCUGUUGAGAACAUUAAUCUGCCAGCUGCACUACUCUCUCGUUUCGAUGUGAUGUUUUUGAUCCUUGAUACCCCUUCACCCGAUGCAGACGAAGAGCUUGCCAACCAUGUGACAUAUGUCCACAUGCACAACAGACACCCCGAGACCGAGGAUGCAGGCGUCAUGUUCACGCCCCAUGAGGUCCGCCAGUAUAUCGCCAAGGCGCGGACCUACCGGCCGGUUGUUCCAUCCUCUGUCUCGGAUUACAUGGUGGGAGCGUACGUGAGAAUGAGGAAACAGCAGAAAAAAGAUGAAGACGAACGGAAGCAAUUCUCCCACGUCACCCCCCGUACUCUGUUGGGUGUUGUCCGUCUGUCGCAGGCGUUGGCUCGUCUGCGCUUCAGCGACGUCGUCGUUAUUGAGGAUGUCGACGAGGCGCUGCGUCUGAUCCAGGUCAGCAAGGACUCCUUGUCCAGCGAUGGCCAGUCAGGUCUGGAUCAGAGCCCUAGCAGCAAGAUCUACCACCUCAUCCGCAGCAUGUGGGAGAGUGGUGCUGCGGCGGUCGGCGACGGCGACGAGGGUGAACUCAGCAUGAGACGUAUCCGCGAGCGGGUGCUUGCCAAGGGCUUCACCGAGGACCAGCUUACAAUGGCUGUGGAUGAGUAUGAGAAUCUGAAUGUUUGGCAACUUGUGGGUGAUGGCAGCCGUCUGCUUUUCGUCGAUACCAUGGAUAUGUGA